CUCUCCACAGCGAUGUACAGCAACUCCGCGCGCAGCACGCUCUCACUCACACGCGCUCGCUCACUCACGCACUCACAGGUAAAGCGGCGGCAGCAGAAGCAGCAGGGUCCACCUGAGCUCCGUGGAUGAGGCUCUCUCUCUCCCUCUCUCUCUCUCUCUCUCUCUCUCUCUCUUUCUCUCUCUCUCUCUCUCUCCCUCUCCCUCUCUCUCUCUCUCUCCCUCUCUCUCUCUGGACAGCUAAAGUCCAGCUCCGAUCCAAAAGGCAGCCGUAGAGCGCGCGCGUGAGAGCGCGAGGGAGUGUGUGUGAGUGAGUGUGUGUGUCGACUUGAAACUCUCUUCAGGAUGGAGCUCCUGUCUCUGCGUCUCCUCGCGCUCUGGAUGGUCGCCUCGGUUCUCACUCAAAGGGCAGAUUCCAAUGAGAUUUUGGGGCUGAAGAUUCCUUUUGACCCCAUUCUCAACGCCAACACCGUAUGCUUGACCCUGCCGGGGCUGACACGGAAGCAGCUGGACGUAUGCAUGCGGAACCCAGACGUAACGGCGUCGGCCAUCCAGGGCAUCCAGAUUGCCAUCCACGAGUGCCAGCACCAGUUCAGGGGCCAUCGCUGGAACUGCUCCAGCUUAGAGACCAGAAAUAAAAUCCCCUACGAGAGCGUGGUCUUCAGCAGGGGGUUCAGAGAGAGCGCGUUUGCGUACGCCAUCGCGGCGGCCGGUGUGGUCCACGCCGUGUCUAACGCGUGUUCGAUGGGGAAGCUGAAGGCGUGCGGCUGUGAUGAGAAGCGUCGGGGGGACGAGGAGGCGUUUCGGGUCAAACUGAACCGCCUGCAGCUGGAGGCCAUCAACCGGGGAAAGGGCAUGGUGCACGGCGUGAUGGAGCACUUCCCCUCGGACACGCUGGGACCGCAGGACUCGUGGGAGUGGGGCGGCUGCAGCCCCAACGUGGAGUUCGGUGAACGGUUCUCCAAAGAGUUCCUGGACUCCAGAGAAACCUACAGGGACAUCCACGCCAGGAUGAGGCUCCACAACAACAGGGUGGGCCGGCAGGUUGUGGUGGACCACAUGAGGAGGAAAUGCAAAUGCCACGGCACGUCGGGCAGCUGCCAGCUGAAGACCUGUUGGCAGGUGACCCCUGAGUUCCGGAUGGUGGGCUCCUUGCUGAAAGAGCGCUUCAACCUGGCUACGUUAAUCAAAGCCCACAACCGCAACACGGGGCAGGUGGAGCACGCUCACCCGCACCACCGCAGACGGGCCAACAGCCACGACCUCGUCUACUUCGAGAAAUCGCCGGACUUCUGCGAGAGGGACCCCGGGUCAGACUCGGCCGGGACGCAGGGCCGAAUCUGCAAUAAGACCAGCCAGGGCAUGGACAACUGCGAAAGCCUGUGCUGCGGCCGCGGACACAACAUCCUGCAGCAAACGCGCAGCGAACGAUGCAACUGCAAGUUCCACUGGUGCUGCUACGUGGUGUGCGAGGAGUGCAGGAUAACAGAGUGGGUCAGCGUCUGCAAAUGAGGACCAAAGAGACACAAAACACAUUAUAAAAAAUGAUAUAUAUCUAGAGAGACGUUUCAUAACAGGGAGAGACUGAGGCCUCCUGUUUUGCGAUGGACUGCCGCCGCGCUGUUGCCAGCAGCCCAAUGGAAACUGGGUGAAGAGCUCAUAAGAGACUGACAUGCUCUUGACCCCAGCUGUGCACCCCACAAGUCCAGUCACACUAGUUUGGACUUGCACUGUGUGUCAUUUCAGAAAGUAUUUUUUAAAUUAAAUAAGUUAAGGUUAUAAGGUUGUUAUUAAAAAUAUAUAUAUUGUGGAGUCUAUUGAUAAUAGAGCACUCAA